AUGACGAGGCGCACAUCACAAGUGCGCGGGGAGCUUAAAACAAAGAUGCACAUACUGACGGCCUCGUUCUUUGGCUUCCGUGCAAGCAGAUCUAUACCCGCCAUCAAGCAAAACCGUGACCUGGCUGAGUCUCUCAAGGAAGGAUCGCGUUUUGUUUUUAAGGACUGGGAAAUGAAACGUGGCAUAUACAAGACCGGAUUAAUCCAGGAGGCGGUGAAUGAUAUGUGGUUCGCAAACCGAAGCGACGAGGGUAUAGUAUAUGCUAAAUACUUCGAUCCUUUACCCAUUCAAACCAUUGCGCUUAUACUCACAGCAAUUGAAUGCUGCAUCGACGAGUGGAUGACUGGAGUAAAGGAGGACAUCAAAUUUUCAUCAGUUGCUUACUCCCCGGUCUACCUUCUCCAUCUCAACUCCCUGCGGCGGUUCGACGAGCGGACUGCUGCUUACAAACUGCUCGGUAAAAUUGGUGUCAAUCUUCUCGACGUCGCUCGGUAUUUUUUUAUUACUUAUGUCAUUCAUCAUCCAAACUGA